UAAUUAAGAAGACGAGUGUCGCGUGUUACACCGAGAUCCCCACGUACCCAAACCAUAUUAUCACGUGCCUAUUGAUUUCUAUAUCUCAUGAUGACCGUCCGAUCCGGUCCUCUGAAGCAUUGUCUUAUAAUCCUACGGCUUAAAUCAAGCAACUCUCGACGGCAAAGCGUCUGUUCUAGAUUAUAAAAAACGCCGUUAUAUCGUUAAAGGUCUUUUAAUCAUUGACCUCGUUCCACUGUCAAGCUAAGUAAUAAUCCACUACGUGAUUCUUAUUGUGCAACCAUGUUCUCUCCUCUAGUAUACUCCGCUAACAACCAAUUAAAAGUAAAAACAUAUACUUAAUUACGGUGCAACAGGUGGUCUUAGCAUGGAUUGAGUUACAUCAGAAUAUAACUCGUCAAACAGUUUCAGCAUAAAGUGACGUCAGCAUGUUUAAGAAACCUAGCGUUAUAUUAAGUCAUCUUCUUACGUUACAGUUCUUCCUUCUCAUCCGACCGCUAGAUAUAUAUUAUCUCCGCCUUAAUCCUCGCCGUUGUUUCAUAACUUCUUGUUCGUAGAGACAUUAAAGCGAAUCUAGCGACGUUUUAUUCUCCGGUUUUUGUGAUUUAAGAUUUUAUUGGACGUGAAAAUCUCAUCACCGGGGUAAAAUUAAUGGCGUAUGCAAAGAUCGGUUACGGUGGAAGUUAUCUAGUGCAACGCGGCAUAUUGGAGUAUCCGUGUGGAUCCGAUCAUAAUGCGAGAUUGAUUUCAUCGUCGUUUCCGAUUAAUCUAGGCGGUAAUCGACGAUCUAGCAUCGGAACAAUCUCGGCGUCGAUAGGGGAGGCUGUGACUGAGAUAGAGAAACAGAGAGGUGGAAGAAGAAGCGGAGGGAGAAGCAGAGGAGAUCGUUGGGAGGUGGAAGCGGAGCGUGAGAAGCUAGACAGGUGGAUGAAGGAAUCGGUGACGGAGAUCGUUAAGAAUUUAAGUGAAGCGCCGUUGUUAGUCCAUUUGUACACCGGAGAUAAGGAGGAGGGAACGGUAGUUGUGAUGAAAGCAGAGGAAUGGGCGGCGGUGAAGGGGAGGUGGGAGAGAGGAGAGGCGGAGAUGCCGGAAGGGAUAGUGUUCGUGGAGCAGUUAGGAGCGGCGGAGGAGAGUUGUGGCUGUGGUUUUGACGGUGGAGACGGCACACGUGCGUGGGGGUUGGUGGUGCAAGGGAGAGGAGUUGAGUGUGGGCCGGUUUGUUAUCUGCUUAAGACGACCCGUGUAGGGUCAGGGUCAGGAUCCGGGUCGGGUUUGGGUAUGCGGUGUACGCAUUUCUGUUUAGCUAAGGUGUCGAGUUUUAGAGAGACUAGUGAAUCUCAGCUUAGGAAUUGUUGGCUUGUGGGAAAUUGAUAAUGAAGCCUUUGUUUUAUCAUGUAAAUAAAUGUUAGUUUGACCAAAUUUUGGUAAAAUAUUAUUAAAAAAUAUAAACUUAAUUUAGUAAAAAAAUAUCAAAUAUGUUAUUAUUAUUAUCAAAACCUU